AGUUCGACCAGCGCAAUCGGAGGAAAAAGUUCCUUUUAAAAUUCUAGAAUAAGGUGAGAAAAACUGUCGACGUCGAAGUAUAUUAAUAAUUAUACAUAAUGCUCGACAAAACGAAUUAGCGAAUUUAGAUAAUCCAUUAAUCGGAUUAGCGCUUUAUCAACGAUCAACGAGGACAUUGUCACUCCUCUCGGAAGUUGAAAAAAAAGCGAUUAAUAAAAUUCACGUUAUUGUUCUAACGCCUGACAACUCAUCAAUCGAACAAGUUGAUUGCGAAACGGAGUGACGCCGGUCGAAUUUCGUAUAGGCGUCUUUUUUGCUAAGCUCAUUACAACGUGUAUAAGUAGAUGACGCCUAUCAGUAAGCGCCUACUGUGAGAGAGCGUCACGUGGCAAGGAAUGAUUACUAUUAGUAUAUGUAUGUAUAAAAAAAAAUAGAGAAUCUUUAGAGGAAUGUUAUAGGGGGAGCUUUCCAAAAGUGACGCCUCUGCAAAAAUUAGCGUCGUAUGCGUGACGAAGAACACCUUUUCAAAAUCGGCGCUUACGUUUCGUAAUGAGGCGUUGGAAAUUUUUUCCGGUUGCGUCUCAUCAAAUUUGCAAACAGAAAUUGAGAAAGUUUUAUAUAAUACUUUUACGUGUAGCUAUUUAAAGGCAGUAUAGAUAUAUUAUAUACUGGAUAUUAUAUAAUUUAUACAUUGUAUGCAUAUCGAUAGGUGAUAGUUAGAAUUUAAGAUAUUGCCAACGUUAAUCCGCUAUAUAAACAAUAUGUAUAAGUUGAUUAAUAGCUCUUAUAUAACGUUUGAAAUUGAAACUUGUAUUUAUUCCAUUCAAAAAUACUCUAGUGAUUCUGAUUUAUAAUAAUUUUUUCGUACUGGAGCGCCACCUUUACUAAAUUCUUUUUUUAAUUUAUUACGGAUUCUGUGACAGCUGAAAGAUGGGAAACGCCUUUUCCUCUUCUCAUUUUAAUACCUCCUCUUUUUAACAACUCUAUCGGUGUUAAUCCAAACCGCAUCCUUUUUAGACUCUCCGGACAGCAUCAACGUCUUACUUCAAUCAAAAUGAACGCAACAGCAUUGAAUAAGAAGCAUCAGUCGAGAGCCUUCUUGUGGGCCGCCCCCCGUACCAUCUCAACCGCCUUUUUUCGCGCCAUGAUGAACAAACAGGACAUCAAAGUGCUAUUGGAGCCGUUUUCGCGCGCUUAUUACUUCUCGUCAGAGCGUGUUAGCUCCAGGUACAGAAACGAGCCGACGCAGGACAAUUGCACCUUUAAGGACAUCAAGGCUCUUUGCGAAAAAGAAUAUCCUGGAUACUCUUCCAUUUUUGUCAAGGAUAUGGCCUAUUACCUGGUCGGCAGACUCCAGCAUGCAGACUAUAUUCCCGAGGGUUAUCGACAUACUUUUUUGAUUAGGAAUCCACAAAAGAGUGUUUAUUCCCUAUACAAAAUGUCACUGAACAAGGAAUUAACUGGUUGGGAUCAUUUUGACGCCAGUGAAGUGGGUUUUAAAGAACUUGUUCAAGUUUACAACUUGGUUACUGAAGAAUUGGGACAACAGGCAAUAAUCGUAGAUGCUGAUGAUCUAUUAAAAUAUCCGGACUCUCUGCUCAAACAAUACUGCGAAAAGGUUGGAAUGGAAUAUGAAGAAUCAAUGUUGAAUUGGGAGCAAACAGCUCAAAAUAUGAAUGUUUUUGAGGAUUGGAUGCCGUGGUUUGAAGGGGUUUUGACAAGUACAACUUUUCAACCAUCUGCAACUAAGCCAAAGAGUCCAAAUAUCAUGCCCGACCUCCCCAAACACGUUCGACAAGCUAUAGACGACAACAUGCCGAGCUACAAUAAACUUUAUCGGCUUAGAAUUAAGCCGCAAGUUAAUUCCAGUCUGGCAGUUGGCCAAUGAAUUAUUAGCGAACGAUAGUUAAAUUAGUUGUUCAAAGUUUUAGGGAUUAGUUGAAAUCCCUUACAUAAGUUGAAGAAAUAUUUGAAUGAAACAAGAAUAAGAUUAAUUAGAAAUUAGAUCUCAGAGAGUUUAUCUUUAUUUAUAUACUGAUAUUAUACAUAUAUAUAUAUAAACAGUGAAUAUUGUAUAUUGUUCAUAAUUUAAAGUAAAC